AUGUUCGUUGGCCCAUCUCCGCCGCACACUCCUCUCGUGAACCGCCGUAACAACCACCGGCCUCGUAACGCAACCGUCUCCUCCGCUCUUCCCGAUCUCUUUCUCGCGGCGGUAUCUCUCCUCUUCCUCUGGUCAUCUCCUAAACCUCUACUCUCUCUCCCUCCUAACAGAUUCUCUUUCCCUCUAAAUCCUCGCCGUCGUCAAUCCACCGUCAUGUCUCGUCCACCUCCUUCACCUUCGCAACCGUCGCCUCUCUCUCAACGCUUCGCUAAUCCUCAAUCGCUCUCCGAUUGGCUGGAAUCGCGAUUACCUUCCGAUUCGUUCGCCGCCUGGGGAGUCAAACCGGGAACCAAAAACGUCCAUAACCUCUUCCUUGAGCUCUCCGAAGGCGAGACUUCUCUCGCCGAUUCUACACCUCCGGUACGCACAGUCAACGUCGUCAUUGUCCGGGUAAUCGGAAAAGACGGAAGAAUCCUUGUGGAAUCUCAUCAGGAAUUAUCCGAUGGGAGCAUCCGUGAGAGAUUUCGUCCUUUAUCGGAGAAGAUGAAGCCUGAAGAAACACCCGACGAAGCAGUCUUUCGCGCCAUAAAAGAAGAGCUCGGAUCUAUCUUCAACGACGAUAUCUCCGGACAGAGAAUCAGGAUUCUUCCCGGAACAUACAGCAGAAGAGUUGAGGAAAGAAACUCGGUUUCGUAUCCGGGAUUACCGGCGCGUUACGCUCUGCACUCGGUGGACGCGACGGUGCAGGGCUUACCGGAGGAAGAUUUCUGCACGGAAGAGAAAGAGUACGACGGAGACUCAACGGAAGAUACGGAGGAAAGACUCGCCGCCGGUAAAGCCGUAACCGUGAAACGGCAUCACUGGAAAUGGGUUAGCCCCAAUUCGAUUCGACUCUGA